AUUGACGUUUGUCUCAAAAAAUCAACAAAAAAUCGAGAUAGUCAAAAUCAUACAUAAUAAAAAUGUCUCAAUUAAUAACGAAAUGCAGAUUUACUACAGGCAAAAACAAUUCAUAAUAAUCAGCUAAGCAAUGAUUGCGUUGAAAGCAACAUUAUGCUACUUCCUACAGCCAAUAUAAUGGUUUUGUCGACUUAAUUAUAUUUCAAAACUGAACAAAAUACGCAUUUAAUAUGGAGCAAAUUUUUAUGGUAGAAGUAUUAGUCAAAAGAGUGGUGCUCAAAAUUGAGCCCCCAGUCAUAACACCAUCAGAACUAGAGUUUUUAGAAGAACAACGGAGACAACAGGAAGCGCAGUUAGCUUUGAGAGCUGGUGGGAAGAAAAAAAAAGAGAAAAAAAAGAAGAAGAAAAAAAAGAAACCUAAAAAGAAAAAGAAGAAGGGAAAAAAGAAGAAAGGGAAGAAAAAGAAAGGUCCUAAAGGACCUUCUGAAGAAGAACUCAAGUUUCUGCAAUCAUGCUCUAUGCAGAUGAACUGUUUACCUGUUUUCGAUUUCACUGUCGCUCAUGAUAACUUUAUAGCUCCACCUCCCCCACCUCCUGUCAAGAAAGGCAAAAAAGGUAAGAAAGGAAAAAAAGGUAAGAAAAAGAAGCCUAAAAAGAAAAAGAAGAAGGGAAAGAAGAAGAAGAAGGGGAAGAAACCUGCAGCCAGAGUCCUGAAACUACCAUCGGAACCGAUACCACAACCUCCAUUCAUGGGAGUUGGUAAUGCAGUCAUAUUCUUGUCUCGACCUUCGAAACUAAAAGAAAUAAUGGAGAAGACCCCAUUACAUAUAUCAGUAUGGAACAGAGACCAAGACAUGAAUUGUAUAGGAUUUGUGGAUGUUGAAUGGCAUAAAUCUUUCUUGGAGUGUCUAGAGCGAUCAGAAGAACUGAACCCAGCAGAUAUGGAUGCAGCCCAGUACAGAAACACUACGCCACCAGAAAUUAUCACCAACACAGUUGAAAUGGUCAAAAGAUUAAGAUGCGAAGAGAACCUUCUACCUUCAGGUGAAAUAGAGUUCUUCCUUAAACUUUCUUGUUUAGGAAACAGAGUUCUAUCCCAUUUUGUAGCCUUACCAGAAAUGGAAAGAAUACCAGGGCGGAAAUACCUCAUAGACGAUCUCAAGUUAAAAGACGUUGAAGUAGUAAGACAUUGGGAAGGUACAGCUAUAGAAUCUGCCCCUCCAGUUGCAUACUUCUAUAGUGCACCGGAUAUAAUCAGAGAACCUAUAAGACCAGAGGAAGAGCAUAAAGUAUUCGAAGAUUUUGUUGCACCGUUUACCAAGAGUGAGCUUGCUAUUCUGGCCAUGGGAUUCCCGAAAGGGCCUUGUGGUGGUACUAACUGUCCAAGAAGAAUGGACUAUAGAGGCAGUCAACAUCAGUUCAUUUUCGGAAUGACGGAUAAAGGAAAGUAUCAACACGGCACCUUUAUAAAUGAAAGAGAUAUGCACGGGCCUUGUGGUAGGUUAGAUUGUCCACUUGCCAAGAGGGUACGGUCAUACCUCUGCAACGAAGGAUGCUACCAACCUUGUAGGAAGCCAUGUCCUAAAGAACUUUACUAGAAACUGUGAUUCAAUCAUUUAGGCAAUAAUCAAAUAUAAAUAGUAUCUAUACUUAUUAUUAUUACACUAUUAUGACUGAUCGCGACUCUCUGGUAACUUGUGAUUGUAAUAUUUGGGUCCAAUAGCAAUAAAUGAGACAUUGUAAAAUAAA